GAAGUUGUCCCGGGCGGCGCAGGCGAGUGCGGUGUGACAUCCUUGAGCCCGUGUCACGCUUGCCAUGGCUCAGUGAGGGCGGGAUGCGUUUCAGCGGGACACGGGGAGCUCUGCCGUGGCUCUGAAGCCCCUCUGUCCGCAGGCCGCUGCCGUGUCCGUGGGAUGAGCCAGCUGCCGUCCGGCGCCGUGCUGGCACUCAUGGGGCUGCUCUUCGCCAGGACCAUGGCCUGGACAUCCAGCGGGAAAACGCACGCGGAGCUGGUCAACAACCUCUACAGUGAGUCCCGGCAGCAUCCGUUGGAAUGUCGGUGUACGGAUAUUUAAUGUCUGCGUAUGGAUAUUUAGUGUCACACCGUGUGACACUGCCCACUCGGAAGGGCUGGGGUUAAUGUUCCUGAAUUUCGGCAUUUGCCCCAGCCUGAACUCUUCUAUUUAUAGCUGGAAACAAGCUGUUAUGCCAAAAGGGGCAGGAAAGCCUCUCCACACCUUCCUUCCCUGCCUCUGGGAGUGUGUGGCGCCCUGCAAAGUGCUGCAGCUCGGUGUUCCGAGCCCGAGUGUCCCGGACAUCCAUGCUGGAGACAUCCCGGGGGCUGGAAUGGUGCCCGGUGCUCCCGCUCCGCUCAGGACAGCGAGCUGGAACACACAUAGAAACAGCUGUAAACUUACCAGCAUUCCCGCAGAAAGAAAAAGGGAUCAUUAAGUCUCAGCGAGUCUUUGAUGUGCUGUUGGCUACGGACAGAGGUCACUACAUCAAGUAUUUCCCAUACAUGGAUUCUCCUCAAUCCAUUGGCUACAAGGCUACAAUCAGCGCCCCGCACAUGCACGCCCACGCACUGGAGCUGCUCAAGGAUCAGCUGGUGGAAGGUGCCAAGGCGCUGGAUGUGGGAUCUGGGAGCGGAUACCUUACCGCGUGCUUCGCCAGGAUGAUUGGCCCGACAGGAAAAGCUGUGGGUGUGGAGCACAUCAAGGAGCUGGUGCACGAAUCCAUCCGGAACGUCCAAGAGGAUGAUCCCACACUGCUCAGCUCUGGCCGUGUGAAGCUUGUGGUUGGAGAUGGCAGGCAGGGAUACCCCGAGGAGGCUCCUUACGAUGCCAUCCAUGUGGGAGCUGCUGCAGCCACCGUCCCCAAGGAGCUGCUGAAGGAGCUGAAGCCGGGCGGGCGGCUGAUCGUGCCCGUGGGGCCCGAGGGAGCGAACCAGGUGCUGAUGCAGUACGACAAGACCAGCGACGGGCACAUCGUGGAGACGCAGCUCAUGGGCGUCAUCUACGUCCCUCUCACGGACAAGGAGAAGCAGUGGCCUCGGGAUGACCUCUGACGCACGGAUGGAUAUCUCUAAAGGCACCUCAGAAAGCUCAUGAGAGGGACUUAGGCCUGUAGAUGGUCGGUGUGGUUUUGCUUUUUAAUGGAAAUUUCACCAGUGGAUAAAGGGAAGUUCUGCUUCAGAGGAGCUCAUUCCUGAGGGAUGGAGAACAGGGACAGGACCAGGGGAGGCUUUUGGAGGCCGUGGCAGCUUCCAGGGAGCGGAUCCAGACAACUGCAGAUAAACUCUCUGAUAAACUCUAGAUAACAUCAAUUGACAGAGAAUUCUGAAAAUAGACAGGAAUACCUAAAGCUUCACUAAAACCACUUUAACAUAGACUACUCUGCCUAAUGCUUGGCGAAAAUAAGUCACAAUUAGUGUCUUGGAGCAGCAAUGUACCCUGAUUUGUUGAUUUUUAAAAUAUGGGAGCGUGUUCUCUUCCUGCCUAUACCAGCUAAUUCAAUGAUGGGCAUCAACACUGGAUUUUGAGGUUAUGAAAAAUGCUCGUUUCUCAGAGUUCUUUUUUUUUCUGGUCGAGAUUUUGAAAAAAUGCUUGUUUCUGGACUUUUCUCUCUACGGGGUUACGAAAAAUGCGCAUUUCUUGGCUUUUCUGAUCGGGGUUAUAAACAAAUGCUCAUGUUUCAGCUCUUCCCUGACGUGUCGCUCCCGCAAGGGGUUGACUGAGGAGGUUGUCAUGGGGCAGGCGGUGACUGAGGAGGCUCGCAUGGGGCAGGCGGGCUGCGGGGAGGCUCGAGGGUCAUUUGUGGAGCAGUUCUGAGGGGAGAAACUGCUCGGAAGUUAAAUAAAUAAAGGCGCUCUCGCUUC